AUGAGGAUCUUGACUUUACUGCCGUUGCUGGCUGUUAGCAUCGUCGUGAUCGCAAGAAGUCCCCAACAUGUGGGCAAGAAGCUGCCAGAGAGGAGGAUUCGAUCUGCGCCAAUGGAAAUCCCAGUCGCAGAGUCCAAAGCGGAGAAGAGACAAUCGUCACGGUUCAUGACAGAGCGGACUUCCGGAUAUUCUGUGAAUGGCACUGGUCUUCCGGAAGUCGACUUCGACAUUGGAGAAUCAUAUGCCGGUCUUCUACCAAUCUCGAACACCACCAAUUCACCUGAGCUCUACUUCUGGUUCUUUCCCUCGCAAAACCCUGCCGCAGACAAGGAGAUCACUAUCUGGCUCAAUGGUGGCCCUGGCUGCAGCUCGUUGGAGGGUUUCUUUCAAGAGAACGGGCCCGUGAUCUGGCAGUACGGGACGUUCAAGCCAGUGCCCAAUCCUUACAGCUGGGUCAAUUUGACAAACAUGAUAUGGGUUGAGCAGCCUGUCGGGACCGGCUUCUCCCAAGGUUCACCAACAGCCACGUCCGAGGCUGAUGUCGCCGCGCAAUUUCUGGGUUUCUGGAGAAACGUGGUGGACACCUUCGCUCUUCAAGGCUUCACUGUGUACAUCACUGGCGAGUCUUAUGCGGGAUACUAUGUCUCGUACAUCGCUGAUGCUAUGUUCAAUGCUGAUGAUGAAGAGUACUACAAUCUCUCGAGCAUCAUGAUCUACAAUCCUAGUCUCAGCAGUGACGCCGUACAGGAGCAGAUACCUGCUGUGCCUUUUGUGGACUAUUGGGGGCCUCUUCUCUCCUUGAACGAAACAUUCAACGCCGACAUUCAUCAACGUGCAGAUAGCUGCAAUUACACAUCCUUCUUCGAGGAAAAUUUGGUGUUUCCGCCCAAGGGACCGUUGCCAACGCCCCCCAACAUUGAUGGGAACGUGGAAGGCUGCGACAUCUGGAGUGAUGUCUACCAUGCUGCGACGGAAGUCAAUCCUUGCUUCGACCUUUACCAGGUGGCAACCACAUGCCCGUUGCUAUGGGAUGUGUUGGGUUUUCCAGGCAGUUUUGGCUAUGUCCCUGCUGGGGCGGAAGUCUACUUCAACCGGUCAGACGUUCAGGCUGCAAUCAAUGCACCUAUCCAAGGGUGGGCCGAAUGUACAAGCCUUGAUGUCUUCGUUGAUGGCAGGGACGAGUCCCCCCCGCCUGCCCUGAAUGUACUCCCCAGCGUCAUCGAUAGGGCUGAGCGCACAAUAAUCGGACACGGCGUGCUGGACUACAUCCUGAUCUACAACGGCUCACUCCUAGCCAUUCAGAAUAUGACUUUUGGUGGGUCUCAAGGUUUCAGCAGUCCUCCCGAAGACGAUUUCAUUGUGCCCAAUCUGCAUCCGGAACUCAGUCUGUCAAGCUUGGCAGGAUCUGGUGUCAUGGGAAAGUAUCAUACCGAGAAGAAAUUGACGUUUGUAAGUAUCACGAUAGCGGGUCACAUGGUACCACAGUACGCUCCUGGCGCUGCAUACAGACAGAUGGAAUUCCUGCUGGGACGAAUACCAAGCUUGGGUACAGCUGGCAGUUUCACCACUCAAAUGGAGACCGGUGGAGCGUAUGGGCCAUUCAAGGCAAGCGCCGCACAAACACCAUGCGAUAACAGCAUUGUUUGCUGA